AUGAUAGGGUUUAGAGCUAGUAUAAUAUAUUUUAAAGAGGAUCCAUAUUUCUUAGAAGUUUAGGAAGAUAGUAUUUAUUAUUAUUAGGAUGGUAUGCUUAUUGUAGAUAAGGAGAGCGGAUUAGUUGUUUAAUGUGGGUAAUACAAUGAGCUGGUUGAAGAGUAUCCUGAUAUAGAUAUUGAUGAACAGUUUAAAGGUCAACUUAUUAUGCCAGGAUUUAUUGACUGUCAUACUCACUAUCCUCAGACAGAAAUGAUUUGUACUUUUUCUACAGAUUUAUUUUCUUGGUUGAACACAUACACAUUUCCUACAGAAGAUUAAUUCAAAGACUUAUCAUAUGCAAGGAAAAUUAGCUAAUUCUACUUAAACCAGUUAUUGAAAAAUGGAACCACAACAGCUUUAGUGAUGGCAACUAUCCAUCCUGAGUCUGUUUAAGCCCUUUUUGAAGAGGCUACAAAGCUAAAUAUGAGGAUAAUAACUGGCAAAACUUUAAUGGAUAGGAAUGCUCCAGAGUUUCUUUGCGACACUCCAGAAUCAGCCUAUUCUGAUUCUCUUAACCUUAUAGAAAAAUACCACAAUAAAGGGAGAUGCUUGUAUUCAAUAACUCCAAGGUUCUCACCUACAUCAACGAGGGAGUAGCUUCAAGCUGCUGGAAAGCUAAAGCUGAGAUACCCUGAUGUUUAUAUGCAUACUCAUUUAAGCGAAAGUAUAGAAUAAGUAGAGUUUGCUUAGUCUUUGUAUCCUGAAAAUCAAUCAGAUAUUUAAAUCUUUGAGUAGUCAAAUUUAGUUGAUAAGAAAUCAGUGUUUGCUCAUUGCGUAAUGUGCCCAAAAAGUGAAUCAGAUUAAUUAAGCAGACUUUAAUGUGGGGUUGCUUUCUGUCCUACUAGCAAUUUUUGUUAUGGAGCUGGUAUAUUUCCAUAUCACGAAUUCGUCUAAAAAAAUGUAAAUUUUGGGAUUGGCUCAGACGUAGGAGGCACUACUGAUUUCAGUUUACUUAAGACCUUGUAAGAUGCAUAUAAGGUAGUAAUGAUUAGUUAGAAAGAUACAAAAAACAGAAAACCAAUGUCAUCUUUUGAAGGGUUUUACAGGGCUACACUUGGAGGAUGCAAGGCUCUUCACUUAGAGGAUAAGCUUGGAAAAUUUGAGCCAGGAUAUGAGGCUGACUUUGUAGUGUUAGACUGGUUUACAAAUGACAUAUAAAAACUAAGACAUGAAACUAUUGAAAAGAGAUCUGGAAAAGCCUAAAGGCAUUUGAACAGCUGUAAAUCUGAUUCCUAAAGUGAUAAAUUCAUGCUAGCAUAAAGAUUAUUUGGAAUUAUGAUGAUGGGCGAUUAGCACAGCAUCAAAGCAACCUAUAUUUCUGGAAAGUAAUGUUAUCUAAGAAAAAACUGA